CUAGUCUGGGAGAUUCACAGUUGGGAUCUUAUACUUUUAGUUGAUUUCUCAUCCCUUCCUCUUGUGUGUUUGUGCGUUGAUGCUGAAUACAAAACGGACCACUAUCUAGUCUGUUGUUUUUUUUCACCAUAUCCUCAUUCCGCAUGGAGGUCGUGACCAACAUUGUCGUGGAGUGGAUGACAGAAGAACUAAUGAUGGAUACAUACAAAAACAUCCUAAAUACAAACUAAAAAACACAGGACCGAACGGAUUAGCAACGCAGAGCGCCGCGGAUACACCUUCUAUGUCUCCAAUUUGGGCUUCAGGUCUCCUGCCUGGCGGCGGCAGGUGCAGAGGUAGCAGCACCCAGGAGGGCUGAGGGGGGAGACGACGAUGUCCCAGCUGUACUACCGGAGGACGGACAACGCGUCGUACCGCGACCGCAUCCCCCUGCGGAUAGUGCGGUCCGAGUCCGAGCUGUCCCCGCUGGAGAAGGCCUACCUGGGGGCCGUGGAGAAGGGCGACUACGCCAGCGUCAAGCAGGCCCUGGAGGAGGCGGAGAUCUACUUCAAGAUCAACAUCAACUGCAUCGACCCGCUGGGCCGCACGGCGCUGCUGAUCGCCAUCGAGAACGAGAACCUGGAGAUCAUCGAGCUGGUGCUGAGCUUCAACGUGUACGUGGGCGACGCCCUGCUGCACGCCAUCCGCAAGGAGGUGGUGGGCGCCGUGGAGCUGCUGCUCAACCACAAGAAGCCCAGCGGCGGGAUGCAGGUUCCUCCCAUCCUAUUGGACAAGCAGUUCUCUGACUUCACUCCUGACAUCACUCCAAUCAUUCUGGCCGCUCACACCAACAACUACGAGAUCAUCAAGCUGCUGGUGCAGAAGGGCGUGUCCGUGCCCCAGAGGUGA